AUGAUGAAUUCUGGCCCACCAACAGGGCAACCAAAUUUUAUGCCGUUUCGAUCUAAUUUUCCACGACAAUUUGAAGCGCCUAUUCGCCGACCACCAUUACUUCAAGUCCCGCUCAAUAAUGUCCAACCUAUUCGUCCCUCUGUAAAUGACUCCUAUCCGCCUAUUACAACUGUUGGUGUGUUGUUGUUCAGUGAACGUCAGUCAAACAAUACUUGUCUUCCAACUGGUCGUCAGCCUACUUCUCUUGUAUGGAUACUCAGUCUAGUUAGGCGAAUUAAAGUUGUUACCAUGUCCAUUGUUAUCGACAAGUUUGUAUCACUUACACCACAUCAACUGUUUAUUUUAUUACGAAACCAACAUGAUUUAAACCAACAAACUGCACUCAGUCUGUUUCAUCUUUUAGUCAAAGCUAUCCUUCAAGCACCAGUUGGCUCAAAUACUGAACGGUUAUUAGCCUAUUUGAUGGAUAUUUGUGAGACAGAAUUACCUCGAUCAGAUCACACACCUACAGUUACAUCCAUUGUGUGCACAUCAACUGCUUCUGUUAUUACUAAUGCCGAGGGAACAUAUUAUGAUCUGCAACAACAUAAUCGUCAGCAAAACCAACCACUACCUCAUCGUCAACAACAGUCUAAAUUGGAAUAUGAUGACUUCUUGAACAGUUUCUUGUUAUAUUGUCGAGAAAUUUUAAGGGUAUUAUGCGAGACUGCAAUUUGUUUGAUAUAUUCAUCGUCUGAAACAUCGGAUUUGUUAGAUCAUGGCGGUUGUGAAGGUUUUCUACGUGCAAUACAACAAUUAGCCAGUCGUCCGCCUCCUUUAACUUUGUACAGCACAACUAAUGUUGCUCUUGAUAGAAAUACCUCUGCUAUGAGUAAUGAUAAAGUGGAUCUUAAAUGGAUGUUAUUAUCAAAUUCCAAAUCGUGUUUAUUUGAAAAGUUGAUCAGCUCUAAUGCUUUACAAAGUAGUUCAUGUGCUCAAUUGAUUUUAAGCUUGGGAAUGACACUGGAGCCGAGUUUACUUGAACAUCUAUUGUUCUACUUAUGCUGUUGGAAGUCUCAAACAAAGAAAAUCAAUUCAGACACCAGUUCAUUUACAUCACCAGAAUCAACCAGGUUGACAGCAUCAGAUUCACCAUCACAACAAUUCACUUACUGUCCAUUAAUAUUAUUCUUUCCAAUAUUGAGUGAAAUACAAUCGAUUUGGAUAGCUAGAACAUCGUGUAAACCACCAUCAUUGACGGCAACUUCAGCAACAUCCUCCGCUACUGUUACUGCAGGGGGAUCAACAAUAAUGCCGACUAGUAUUACUUUCAUUCAUUCGUCAAUUUUUCCAGUAAUGUCAGUUCGUAGUAAAUAUUUAUCAAUGAAUAGUCAUCGAAAUGACACAUCAAAUUACAAUAACUACAGUGGCAGUGGCAGCAACAAUAAUAAUACUUCCUUAUCUUUAAUAUCACCAAAUGGUCUAUUAAAUAGCAAUGUUGAACUGCGUACUAGUCUUUUACGCAAUCUUCUUUGGCUAGUAUAUAAAGAAUACGCCCUGAUAGAGAAGAAUACUGCUCAUCCACGUAUCCUAUUCGCCUUAGCUGCACAGUUAGAUGAAAUUGUGGCAAUGAUGCUUAAAACUUUUGAUACCGAGUGUUUAGAUUUAUUACUCAGUCUUUGCGAGUGUAUAUUUUGUUCAUUUCAAUUUUCAUCGUCUAUUGAUGAUUCACUGAAUUCUACUAACAACACUGAUAACAAUGCUUGUAGUUCAUCAGUGAAGUUAAGUGGUCCAAGUCAGCAUCCUCAUCCUCCUGGACGAUUUCACCAAGGACAUCAAAAUUCAGGGCUAUGGAAGACAAAUAUUCCCCUUCUUGGUCGUCAUUAUCAAACACUCGCUUUUUGCAUCUAUCACCGGCACAAUGGAUCAACAUCAUCUCCAUGUAGAUAUUUUUAUUUAUUUGGUCGUCUGCGUGAUCUGUUGAAUAUGUUAUGCUCCAGUGAUCAGUUAUCAGUUUUUCGGUCAACAUUUAUCCGGUUCAUUCCAAAAGUUAUGAUGUCUGGUCGAACACAUCCGUGUAUGGAUGAUUUAUUCAAGAAUUCCUCUGCAGUCACAGACAAUCUGAACUUGUUCACUCCGAAUAUCUCGUGUUUACCAUCGAGUUUCUUCACUAAUAGUUGUCCUGUUGGAAAAAACAAUACAAUUAUCUCCUCAAAGCUAGUAUCUGACAGUUUAGCAUCAUCAUCAACAUUUUUACUAUUGAAUAAUCCACCAAGAAAAUUGGUCAAACCCUUGAUGAUGGUCUUAUCCGUGGACAGUUGA